GCGGCUGCGGUGGCUCCUCAGUGUCCGGCUCGAGCUCCGGCUGCGACUCCCGUCCGCGAUGCCCCACUCAGUGACCCUGCGCGGGCCCUCGCCCUGGGGCUUCCGCCUAGUGGGCGGCCGGGACUUCAGCGCGCCUCUCACCAUCUCUCGGGUCCAUGCUGGCAGCAAAGCUGCACUGGCUUCCCUGUGCCCUGGAGACCUGAUCCAGGCCAUCAAUGGUGAAAGCACAGAGCUCAUGACUCACCUGGAAGCACAGAAUCGCAUCAAAGGCAGCCACGAUCACCUCACACUGUCUGUGAGCCGGCCCGAGGGUAGGAGCUGGCCCGGUGCCCCUGAGGACAGCAAGGUCCAGGCACACAGGAUCCACACCAACACUGAGGCUCAGGAUGGCAGCCCAGCACCCAGCAGGCGGCCCUCAGCAACAGGGAUUGGACCAGGAGAUGGCAGGCCAGGCCUGGGAUCUCCGUAUGGGCAGCCACCUCGCCUCCCAGUCCCUCACAACGGCAGCAGCAGUGAGGUUACCUUGCCGUCCCAGAUGAGCGCCCUGCGCGUGUCUCCACCUCACAGCACUGCUGACUCAGCCAGAAAUCUCUCCCGGAGUCGGGACAGUGGAAUUGACCUGGGAUCCGAUGUGUACAGGAUGCUCCGGGAGCCGGAUGAGACGAAAGCUUCGGAGCCCAAACAGUCAGGCUCUUUCCGAUACCUGCAGGGCAUGCUAGAAGCUGGUGAAGGUGGGGAGCGGCCCGGGUCUGGUGGCUCCUGGAACCUCAAACACACGGCCAGCAAGCUGGGCGCACCUCUGAGUGGCCUGCAGGGGCUCCCAGAAUGCACGCGCUGUGGUCACGGCAUUGUGGGCACCAUCGUCAAGGCGCGGGACAAGCUCUAUCACCCCGAGUGCUUCAUGUGCAGUGACUGCGGCCUAAACCUCAAGCAGAGAGGCUACUUCUUUCUAGACGAACAGCUCUACUGCGAGGGCCAUGCCAAGGCACGCGUGAAGCCGCCAGAGGGCUACGACGUAGUGGCUGUGUACCCCAACGCCAAGGUGGAACUCGUCUGAGCUGCUUCCAGGGGUCCCUUGGCCUCCUUCCUGCUUCAUUUAGUGCCCUGCCCGGCCUUGUAAAUAUGAUU